CCAUCUGAAUUCUAGAUGGCUUUACACAUUGGAGUCUGACCGGUACAACAGUCACUGAUGAAGACACCUUCAUGGGUUUUAGUGAUGGCCUCUUACAAUCAGUUGUAUCAGCUGAAGUGGAGAUGACUGCCUACGCUCUCCUCACCUACACCUCCCUUGGUGAUGUAGCCUCUGCUCUUCCCGUUGUUAAAUGGCUCUCACAGCAACGUAACACACUGGGAGGGUUCUCUUCCACACAGGACACAUGUGUCGCUCUGCAAGCCCUGUCGGAAUAUGCCAUCCUCUCCUUUGUGGGAGGGGUCAAUCUCACCAUCUCACUCGCAUCAACUAAUCUGGAUUUCCAGGAAUCUUUUGAGCUGAACAGGGAUAACAAGAAAAUCCUGCAGACAGCGGUG